AUGUUCCUGGCACGGCUGUUCUUCAGAGUCUAUGAAACCCCUAAAUACCUCCUCGGCAGAGGACUCGACCGACAGGCCGUCGAAGUCGUCUCCAAUAUCGCAACUCGAAAUGGAACUACCACCUGGCUCACGGUUUCUCACUUCGAGGCCAUCGACGCACAGCUGGCCACCGAACAAUCUUCUCCGACCCCUACGACGCCCAACACGAGCUCCAAGACCAUCCUCAAUCGCACCAUGACCAAGUUCACCCUGGACAAAAUCAAAGCGCUCUUCUCUACCCCGCAUCUUGCCUUCUCCACCUCCAUGAUGCUCUUCCUGUGGUGCUCAAUCGGCAUGGCCUACCCGCUCUACAACUCCUUCAUCCCCAUCUACCUAGCAAAUAAGGGCGUCCAGUACGGGGCCAUCUCCACCGCCCAAACCUAUCGCAAUUACGCCAUCCAAGCCGUCUGCGGGAUCCCCGCCUCCAUCCUCGGCGGCUUCACAGUCGACCUGAAACACAUCGGCCGCAAAGGCACGGGGACAAUCGCCUGCCUAGGCACCGGCGUAUUUCUCUUUCUGUUCACACGCGCCUCAACAAACGCAAGCGUUCUGGGGUUCACAUGCGCGAUUGCAUUCUUCCAAAAUCUCGUCUAUGGCCUGCUGUACUCGUAUACGCCGGAGUUAUUCCCCGCUCCGAUUCGGGGGACGGCGAAUGGCCUCGUUGCGUUGUUUAACCGGCUGUCUGGUCUCAUGGCGCCGAUUAUUGCGGCCUAUGUUGGUGUUGAUACGGAUCUUCCGGUUUGGAUUUCCGCGGCGCUCUUUGUUGUCGCGGGGUUGGCGUUUCUGGUUUUGCCGAUGGAGACGAGGGGGCGGGCUGCUGCGUAG